UUAUAAUUUAAAAUUUUAUAUUAUUUAAACUAAUUAAUUCUUUUAAUAAAAAAUUUUUAAGAUUUUAAAAAAUUACUAUAAUUUUCAAAUUUAAUCACAUUCAAAGAUAAAUGUAACAUAAAUUAAUAACCUAAAUGCCCAGAAAAACUAAAAAGAAAUCAUUAGAUAAAUCUAAUGAUACGAAACAUCCAAAUUCUAAUAAAUUAACCAAUGGAACUGAUGAUAUCGCAGACGAUGAUUAUGAUUCUAGUGACGAAUCUGAAGAUUUCUCAGCUGAACUACUUACGGAUAAAGUUGAAGAUAACAUAUACAAGACCUUGAUGAAAAUUAGGCAUGAAGAUCCUGAAAUCUACAAUUACGACCACAAAUUCUUCAGUGAUUCUGACUUUGAAGAUGACGAAGAUGAGAAGACAAAUAAACAAGAGAAACCCUUCACAUACUCUGAUUUCGUUCGUGAAACACUUUUGAAAGAGGGCUCAGAAGCAUUUGAGAAUUACCUUAACGCUACUUCCGACGGAAUUUCAUACACUGAAGAACAAAAUAACCUCAAAAAGGCCUUUCUUGAGGCCUCCGAGGCUCUAGACGAUUCCGAUUUAUUAACUAAAAGCGAUGCGAUUGAUGUUGUUCCCAAUUUCAUUGCAUCUCGACCCAUUCGUAUCAAGCCUUCGAGAGAAACUGAACUAAUUUCUAGUUAUUGGGCUUCACAAGAAAAACUUGACGAGAAUGAGGAGUUUUUAAAGGACUACAUAAUUAACCAGAGGUGGAGAGAAGAUAAACUUGAGAAUUUUAAAGUCGACCACAGAUUAAAAAAACUUGAUGAGUAUGAUGAAGAACACUUGGAAAAGGCUGACGAGUUUGAACAUAAAUACAACUACAGAUACGAGGAAGAAGACGGGGCAAAAAUCAUUGGAUAUCCUAGAAACAUAGAAGAUUCAGCUAGGAAAAAGGAUGAAAGAAGAAGGCUUAAAAGACUUGAAAAGAAGAAAAGGAAGAUGGAAGAGAAGGUUAGAAGAGACGAGAACAUAAAAAGACUCAAGAAUCUGAGAAGAUCAAAGUUUGAAAUGGUUAAGGAAAUAGAAUCAACAGCCGGAGUAUCGUCAAUUAAACAGGAUGCUAUUGAUUUUGACGCUCCAUAUGAUCCAGAACAGCAUGAACGAGAUAUGAAGAAGAUCAUAGGUCUUGGGUAUGAUAAACAAGAUGACGACAAUUUCGACGCGGAUUUGAACCCUGAAAUGUGGUGGAUGUGUGAUGAAUGUAAGAAAGGGAUAUUUUCAGGUCAAACACACUAUGAUUGCAAAGAAUGUGACGACUUUACGUUAUGUGAGAAAUGCCUAACAGUUACAGGUCACGAGCAUAAAGACUUUGACGGGAAGGAAGUCCCAAUAAUUUGUGCUCCGCCUGAGGAAAUAGAGAAUUACGACCUCGACUAUGAAGACUACAUUGGCGACAUGCCAGUCAAGUACAAGUAUCGCAACGUUGAGCCUUAUCCAUGCGGCGACAUAAAGACACUUUUCGAAAAGACUGAUCAGGAGUUGAACGAAACAAUGCCACUAAAGUAUUUGAUCGGGUAUGAUUUGCCAGAUCCGAAGGAUAUAAAGAUCAAAAAACGGCGUAAAAAUAAGCGCCAACAGGAUCAAACACAAAAGAAGAGAUUCCACAAGUCGAAAACUCCACAUAAUGUUAAUCAUGAUAAGCCUAGAGCCUUAGGACUUAACAAGAAGAAAUCCAAAAGUAAAAAGGUGUAAAAU